AUGGGGGCAGCGGAUAGUAAGCUAGCUUUCCGGAAAGGGGUAUUUAGAUUGUUUGAAGAAAGGAAUAUUCCUGCCGACGAUGAAUACUGGUUGCAGUUCUGGCUGUUACCCGAUACUGCCGACGACGUGUUUUCUCUAAUUGGAGCAUCGGAUAUAAGGCGUGUACGAGAUAAAGCAAGAGAGAAUUUAGAAACUCUUAUUCGCAAGCUUAUCGCUCGUAUGAUCGAGAUUGUCAGAGCGCCCGAUUUUCCAUCACCGCAGAAUUCUACUCAGCAACUUUUAAAUUGCAUUCGUGUAUUGACGCGGCUUAUGCCAUUUAUAUACGAGGAUAAAAAUCUGGAUGAAUGGGAGGAGAGACUGUUCUGGUCGACUCCUAUGGAUGUGAAAGAUGCUGCAAGUCCACCAGCGGAAUCGCCCAAGUUUCUUGGUGAACUGUUACUAUCAACGAUCGUAGAGAUUUUGUUCAUGUCUGGUUUUACCAUUCCUACAAUACCGGGGAACAACUCGCGAAUAAAUUACGUAAUCUGGGAAACGGGAGUUGGGUCGAAUAUGCCAAUUGGUUCAACGAAAGAAUUGGAUUCGAAUAAAACCGAAUCUUUGAGGUUGCUAUUAAGCCUGUUCUCCAAGUCGAUGUAUAUUGGUGGAGUAACUUACAUGACGAAAGAGAACAAGUUUAUCAAUCAUAUGGUUCUCAAGAUUGAGCGCAAGGUAGUCUUGGCUUUACUCUGUAGUUUGUUAAACACUGCCAUCAAAUACAAUCCAACUGGAUGGGGGAUACCGUACAAUCACAUGGUGUUUGUUGAUGGCCGAGAGAUGCUUGUAACUCUCUGUCUGCAGGUGCUCCUGGUCUUGCAGGAUUAUAGAUCGGUCGAACAAAGAGUUAAUGCAAAUGCGGAAGCUCGUCGUGCGCUUUAUCGGAAUGCCGGUCCUAAUAAUGGGCAGAACGUUAGCAAUAAUGUUGCUCCUAGUCCAUUAUCAUCGACUUCACAAGUUAGCACAGCAACAAAGAGUGAGGCUACUGAAGAUAAUAACAGAGUCGAUACAGCUGAAGUUGCCAAAGUUGAUACGCCAAAUGAACAGAAGAAACAUUUGCCCGCUUUUGAUAACGCGUUCAGGCAUUACACGUCGAAAUUGCAUAGAAAUCAAGACUUUCAAUUUCUGAUGGAUGGUAUCUACCGGAUACUGAGUAAUCCUAUGCAAGCCAACAAUACGUAUCUCCCCGGGUCAACGAAACAAGUUCGAUGCCAUUUGGAGAUGUUGAUGCUAUUUUGGAAAUUACUGGAAAUAAACAAGCGUUUUCGUGCGUAUCUUCUGGAAACAGAUAGAGUGCUUGAUAUGUUGGUUGUAUUAUUGUACUAUUCUUUAGAAAAUAAGAAUGAUGAGGCACAAGCAGGCCUAGUUCGAAUGUGCGCAUUUAUUCUACAAGCUAUAUCGUCAGAGCGUGAGUUUGGAAUAAGAUUGAACAAAUCCUUUGAGCGUCAUGGAUCGCUUCCGGGAAACGUGCGCAUACCAGCGUUUCAUGGGACGUAUGCUGAUUUUAUGAUUAUAUCAAUACAAGCACUCGUCACAACUACGCAUGGUUCACUAAGUCUAAUUUAUCCAGCACUGAUAAUUACAAUUUCAAACGUGUCGCCUUAUCUAAAGAACUUGUCGGUAUUGUCAUCGAACAAGCUAGUACAACUAUUUUCUUCAUUUACCACUCCGAGUUUUCUAUUGGCGGAAGAGGGCAAUCAUUUAUUGGCCGCGUAUAUAUUAGAGGCUUUUAACAAUAUUAUUCAAUACCAAUUCUCAGACAACCCAAAUUUGGUAUACGCAAUGGUCAGAAACCACAGAAAAUUCGAAGACUUCUCAAAAUUCACCCUUUCCAAAGGCCUUUCAGACAUCAAAAAACUUCAAAUCGCAAGGGAAGAACGCAGACGACAAAUACUACCCACUACACCUAAAUCGCCCACCAGUCCAAAGCGGCCAGCCUCCACUUCAGCAUCUAAUCGCAACAAAAUCAGUAACCAAGAAGAUAUCAAUGAGCAGACAGAGCUAUUACAUUCUGAGAGAAACUCUGAUGAUACGGAAAGGAAAGCGAGUGAGACAGGAGAUUGCAACGAAGGAGAGAUGUCUGAGAAGGCACGAGGGAAGUUGCCCGAAGGAGUGAGUCUGCCCGAAAGGGGGCAGAAUGGAGAACGGAGUACGGAGAGAGAAGCUGUAGGAAAGGAUGCAGAGAAUGACAGGGAGAAGAAUUUAGAUAAGGACGAAAAGAUUGAGGGGAAGAUUGAGGGGAAGAUUGAGAGGAUUGACGGAAAGGCUGAAGGGGAAGUUGAGGGGAAGGCGGAUAAGAAAGCUGAUGUGGUGAUAACUCCAUUUGCUGUUGGCAAGUCUGGAUUUAUUCCGACCGAGGAUUGGGUCUCUUCGUGGCACACUAAUUUGCCGAUAGGAAAUAUUUUAAUCCUCCUUGCUGAUUUGGUUCCAAAAGUUCAACAAUAUUGCCUGACAAAGUCCUUGAUAUCUGACUAUGAAGUCCUCGACUUUCUCCGUAAAAUAACUCUAGUUGGCAUUCUUCCACCGCCUCAACCAAUCUAUACCCGUCGAUUUCAAUGGUCAGAAGCUAGUGUUGUGUGGUUUUCAAGUGUGUUGUGGGGUCAGGUAUAUAUUGCUGCAAAUAGUCAUCUAGGAGUUUAUAAUGGAACGCAUGUGAACUUGUUUUCUGUGAAGAGUGAUGUGAAAGAAGAGAGUAAGAAAGAUGUUGGAAAAGGUAAGAGAGAUGCUGUUGCAAGUGAUGAUAUUAAUGCUACUGCGACAGCCAUUUCUACCGCAAAAUGA